AAAGGAAAGCGGCUGCUGUCGUUCAAGCUGAAACGGAAGAAAUCCAAGCAGAAAGAAGAAGAGGGAGGAGGAGGAGGAGGAGGAGGAGGAGAGGUGUUCUACCCGGAUGAACUGGACAGCUUCAACAGCCACCUGAGCUACGACCAGAUCAGUGUUACCACAGAGUGCAGUUUCCGGACUGAAUCGGACUGGGGACCCUCUCUCUGAGUCCUCCUCCAUGAUGAGCUUUGACAUGACUCAGCCACACAGCCCCUCCAAAUCCUACAAGAGUUCGGAGGAGAAGAAGGGAGUGUUUAAUCGCAUCAGCAAUUUCUUCAACUCCAGGAAAAAGAAGAGCAGCAGUAGGAAGCAUUCAGACGCUUCCACCGAUGCAGGUUCCCCAACAUCCCCCUUGUCUCCACGCUCACCCCAGUCUCUACAGGAGGAGGAGGAUGGGCUAAAGACUCCAACUCCUUCUCGGAGAGGCAGUGAGCUAACGGGGCCUUAUUAUGGAGGGACUGAGUCCAGAGCAGGAGCAGACACCCCCACCCAAAGCUCCACUCCCAGCGCCUCAAGCGUGGUCUCUCUGCUCACAGAUGGAGGAGAUCUCCCAUUUGCAGAUAGCAACAGCAGUGGCCGAAGCAGCGUGAGGGAGAUGCACGUGUGCAGGAUCAGCACAGCCAGCGGUGAAAGGAAUUCUGGGGAAUGUGACUUCCGACAUUCUGGACGUUUGCUACUACCACUCAUCCAAGUGCUGAUUUGAGCUCAGAGGUGGCUUUGCAGAAUCAGUGGGUGGAGGAAGUAAGCAAGAGGCUGCAGGUCAGUUUGGAUGAAAAUAUCCAGAUGCAUACAGAGGUUCAGACCACACUGUCGACAGUUAAACCCAUCCUCUCCAAGGCAGCUGAGGCCCCAAAGUCGCCUAACUUAACCUCUAUAAGCUUAGCAUCAAAGAAAACAUCGGUGAAAGUUGGAGAGAAGGGGCACAGCACUGCUCUGAGAGGAAUAACUUUAGGCUCUCAGUCGUCCACCUCGCACCUCAUCAGGACCCAACAGGAAGACGAAGACUCCCCGGACAUGACGAGGGAAAACAAGAGGAGGGGUCAGGUAUUCUCUUGGGACACUGUAGCCACGGCAUGGAGCCCUUCACCUGAGAAAGUGCCCAGAGGUGAUCUCCACAACUCCACAAAGCCAUAUGGGUGGAAACACACAUGGGAGCGGAAGAGUGGGAGGGGGAGAAAGAGAGGGAUGUAAUGAAACAAGAGGGACGACGUUUUUCAGAGCAGACUCACCGCCCGUGCUGGCUAUACCUGUCACAGUAAUUCCAGAGGACGACUCCACAGACAGAAGGGCUCCUACCCCCUCAAAGACUUCGCCCUCCAGUGGCAGCCUGCCAGAAUCAGCCACCUCUUUGCACCGACUACGGGGAGCUCCAGACAACCUCUGCCACAGCCAGAGGAGCCCGACACUGGCACGGGCUCAAAGCAACUCAGGGAGAAACGCAGAUCGAGAGAACUUCGUGUCACGCGCAAGACUGUGAAUCUGCCUUCGAAACACAAGGUUUUCGCCCACAAGGUGCACGUUAGCCCGGAGCCAAGUCUGGAUGGGAGCGAACCAGCGGAAGAAGAGCUCAGCAGAGAUUCAACUACAAAGAGUUCAGACACAACAGAAGUGAAACCACUGCCAAGCCUCCAAAACAAUUACAAUGUGGAACUCAAGGAAGUCAACUUGGGAGCACAUCCAACAACAGGACGAGACUACACACUCUGACACAAAUACUCCUGAAACACCCCUAGUUAAAGAAAAAACAGACUCCGAGGCCUCUGACUUUGAUGAUACCUCUGCAACCUCAGACAUUGUACAGGAGCAAGUCACAAGCGUCGGGGUCUGGGGUGAGAGGCCAAGGGACCAACCAGGCUACGCUUCUAACGAGGGGUUAAAGCAGCAGCAGAAAGUGGGCAUACCCAGCAAGUGGAGCAAAGAGCCCGUCCUCCGCGGCUGGCAACAAGGCAAAAAUGUGACACACAAAGGCUAAGACUCACAGAGAGGCACAAAGUGGGAACAUUCCAGUGAUAUGCCGCCACAGAGGGAACCCUAGCAACAAUAAAACAGUUUCUAUGUUGCAACAUUAAAAGACCAAGCACCAGUGGUCCAUCAAGUCCAACAGCUUCAAAAUCUAAAAUCCCUAAAAGGUUAGCAUCAGAUGCUGAUGUGAAAUCACCAGUGCCUCCAGAUAAAACAGCAGCUGAUGCCGCCGGGUCAGUGGUUACUUCAAAACUGCAGAAACAGCUCAAAACCAAAGAAGCUUUGAAAUCUCCCGUCACUACAACCAAAGUUGGCAGGAAGCAAAGUUUUGAAGAAGCCAAGGCAGGGAAAGCUCUGUCAGGAGACAUUUCUCCCACAAAAACACACAAGACAGGAACAAAGCUUAUUAAAGAAAAGCCAGAUGAGGACAGUGACUCUAUGAACCUGGUAAAUGGCGUGGAGAAAGACCACGAGGACAGUAGUAUUACAACAGGACAGCCAACUGACAGGGAGGGCCUGGAUGUCAAAAAACAAGGGCUAAACCAUCUGGAGAAUAAUGCCUCCUUGUCAUCAAAGAGUCGGUUGCCCGUUUCAUCUCCGACAAGAAAGAGGAACGAUGAGAUGAGUCAAACAAGCGGCAGCAACUUUAAAAAGGUGACAUCUGGGCAGACCGAUUCAGACAGAUCCAAGACAGUCCAGAAGCAGAGUCCAGAGCAGCAAGAAGUAACUCCUGGUGAGAGAUCUGGUAGUGAGACACCACCUCUACUCCCUGAAAGUCCCAAGAAAGGAAGUAUGCUGUCAACCAGACCAUCCAAACACCUCUCUAAAAGAAGCAUUAGCCAGGAAGAGAGUGACACAACCACAGUGUGCGUCUCCCCGCCUCCCACCAAGCAAGGGAAAGCUGUGUCAUCGAGGCUCUCCAAACAUAGCGACGACAUUAAACACCACAAAAGUCCGGUAAAAGAUUCAGCUGAUCCCUCACCCUCUGUAAGCAAGCUUCUACAAGGGGUCAGAGAAGCCCCAACAAAGUAAAAUCCAGGAAACAUUCACCAAGUAAGAAUUCUGAAAGCACAUCCACAUCUAAACGGGAGGACUCAAAUCAGAACGCUAACACAGAGACAGCCGAGAGUGUCACAGCAGAUCAAGUGAAAGACAAUGCCAGCUGUGACAGAUUUAUAUUCACGUCUCUGUCUACAGAGGAACAAGAGCACAUAAUAAAACUCACAGACAAUCAGUCCGGUACCAGUGAAAACACGCUGGAAGGAAAAGAGACAAAGGAAUUAGAGGAGAGCAUAACCAGUCCUGCAACUGCAGAGAUUUCAGAAAUCCAACCAAUACAUAACAACAAUGUGAUUAUUACAGAAAACACUCAAGUAAAAGUUACACCAGUUACAGGCCCAGGGGCUGAGGUAUUGCCUAGCAGUGAGGUUGCCAAGGUAAGUCUAUCUCAGUCACCAGUUACUCAGACUGAUUGCCAGGGAGGACAGCAUGAGGCCCAACCACAAACAAAAGUCGAGUCUCACAUUCACACCACACGGGAACAGGAAACACCGUUUUCACCAAAGACUUGUCCAGAAGAAGUAAAAGAGAAAGACAUUUUAGAGACAACCCAGCUAAUAAGUAACAUAAAACCAGAUUUAAUCCAGGAGAGAGGCCUUCCAGAGCCAAAUUCUGCAGCAUUGGCUCAGGAUAUAAUACCUGCUCAUGAGGAUGUAACUGAUAUGUCAGCCAAGCCUGUUGUUGGUGACAGCACUCACUGUGACAUAAUGACCCCCUCUGAUCAGGAAGGUGUUAUGCCCGAUAGUGUUUCCCUUAAAGAAACAAAUAAGGUCACACCUAAGGAAUAUAAUAGCAGAAAUAGUCUUUCUGCUGAAUUGGCCUCAAAAGACCAAGAUGCUGAGCCAAAGGAUGUACUUUUAGCCCCUCCUAUUUCAGUUGAUGCUAACCUGGCCAGUACAGAGCAGCAAAAGGAGUUAUUGAAGGAUCAAACCACAAAUAUCAUUCUUAACAAUGACAGAUUGCCCACAUUGAGCAGAGAUUUGGGAAAAGAUUUUGCGGUACAGGAGAAAAGUAAAGAGGAGGCUGGCAGGAAACCAGCAGAGGCUUUGGACAUCCAAACAGAGGCUGUGACUGUUUGUGAAUUGCCCAAGAAUGUUGAAAAUCAGCUGAACAAAGAGCCUCUUUCACUGUCAGGAGAAUUUGAAAGACAGGAGAAUGACUCAAAACCAAAUGAAAAGCUGAAUGACGCAGCGGUGGAAAGCACUGACUCACAGAACAGUUGCAAAACGGAGCUCAAGGGCUCAACUAUCGAGGAUGAAGCAGAGAAGGACAUUACAAAAACACAGAAGCCAACAGAUCUAUCAUCAGAGGAGAAAAGUAUACAACUGGAAUCAGAGGAGGGACCACGGACGUAUGUUAUGGACGAGGCAGAGCAGGCAAGAAGUGCACUCCAUGAAAAUACAGCCGGUGUGGUUGAUACAAAGCAGGAAUGUGAGAUCCUCUUGAAAGAAAAUGCAGAGAGGGGUGACAAGGAAAAAGAUCAGCAGAUUAAGACAUCAACUGAGAAAAAUGAACAGGAACAGAAAGUGCUUCUAACCAAAGACAAGAAGGUCAGGGAUAAAGAAGCCAACCAGGGGGACAAACAUGCUGACGUUGUGAUUAAGAGUCAAACUCCAGAACUACAAGCCAAAAGCACUAAAACUACUACUUCUCAAGAAAAGAGUAAAAUAAUGGAUUCAUCGAUGAAGAAUUUACCAAAUGAGAUUUCAAAUGAGACUGCUGUCUCUGAAAUUAGGAGCGUCAAGGAACAGAAGACCUUAAUCCCUAGAGACCAAGAUGUGGACAUUAAAAAAACAGAGGAAAAUGCUCCUAGAUCAGCAGAAUCCAAAUGUCCAAAUGGUAACCUAGUACAGCAACCUGAGACAGAAAAAGCUCCAGAGAAGACAACAGAAAGCCACGUUUUACAAAUGGAUACAACUCAAGAACUAGAAGCAGAAAGCGCAGAAACCCAGAGUGCUGAAGGUACUAAAGAGAAAAUGGAAACAAAGGAGUCAUCUGUAAAGAGUUUGGUGAAUGAGACUGCAAUUGUGAAUGCUAACCGUGAAGUUAGUAUACAGCAAGACCAGAUGUCCAUCAUUGUUAGAGAUCAACAUGAGGACAUAACCAAACCAGAUUUAAACAAAUCAACAGAAUUUAAACGUCAAAAUACCAACCUAAAACAGGAACUGGAAACGGUAACAGGAGAAGCUGCAGAGAAGAUAUCAGAAAGCCAAAUUCAAGAACUAAAGGUUGUAAGCACCAAAACUCAGACUGCGGGUGGAGCUAAAGAGAAGACUGAAACGAAGGAUUCAUCAGUUAAGAGUUUGGUGAAUGAGACCGCAGUUAUAAAUGCUAACAGUGAAGUUAGCAUUCAACAAGACCAGAAGUCCGUAAUUGUUAAAGACCAACAUGAGGACAUAACAAAACCAGAUACAAGCAAAUCAACAGAAUCCAAACGUCCAAAUACCGGCCUAAAACAGGACCCGGAAAGAACAGAAGCUCCAGAGAUGAUAUCAGAAAGCCAAAUUCAAGAACUAAAGGUUGUAAGCACCAAAACUCAGAGUGCUGAGGAAGCUAAAGAGAAGACUGAUACAAAGGAUUCAUCGGUUAAGAGUUUGGUGAAGGAAAUAGCAACUGCAAACGCUAACUAUGAAGUUAGCAACCAACAGGAUCAGAAGUCCGUAAUUGUUAAAGAUCAACAUGAGGACGUAAGAAAACCAGAUACAAGCAAAUCAACAGAAUCCGAAGGUCUAAAUACCGACCUCAAACAGGAACCGGAAAGAACAGAAGCGCCGAAGAAAAUAUCAGAAAGCCAAAUUCAAGAACUAAAGGUUGUAAGCACCAAAAUUCAGAGUGCUGAGGAAGCUAAAGAGAAGACUGAAACAAAGGAUUUACCAAUAAAGAAUGAGACCUCAAUUGUGAAUGCUAACAGUGAAGUUAGCAUCCACAAGACCAGAUGUCCAUACUUGCUAGAGACCAAGAUGAGGACAUAACGAAACCACAGAAAAACAAAUCAACAGAAUUCAAAUGUCCAACUUCUAAGCUAGAAGAGGAACCAGAGACAGUAGGAAUUAAAGUCCAAAGAAGACAACGGAGACACAAAUUUUACAAAAUGGAUACAACUCGAGAACUCCACUCAAUAAGCACUAAAGCUCAGAGUGCUAAAGAUGUCAAGGAAAAGACUGAAACAAAGGAUUCAUCAGUAAAGAGUUUGGUGAAUGAGACAGCAACCUGCGAACGCUAAACUAUGAAGUUAGCAACCAACAGAUUCAGAAGUCCAUAAUUGUUAGAGAUCAACAUGACAAUAUAACAAAACCAGAUGCAAGCAAAUCAUCAGAAUCCAAACGUCCAAAUACCGACCUAAAACAGGAACAGCAAACGGUAACAAUGGAAGCACCAGAGAAGAUUUCAGAAAGCCAAAUUCAAGAACUAAAGGUUGUAAGCACCAAAACUCAGAGUGCUGAGGAAGCUAAAGGGAAGACUGAAAUAAAGGAUUCAUCGGUUAAGAGUUUGGUGAAGGAAAUAGCAACUGCAAACGCUAACUACGAAGUUAGCAACCAACAGGAUCAGAAGUCCGUAAUUGUUAAAGACCAACAUGAGGACAUAACAAAGCCAGAUACAAGCAAAUCAACAAAAUCCAAACGUCCAAAUACCGACCUAAAACAGGACCCGGAAAGAACAGAAGCUCCAGAGAUGAUAUCAGAAAGCCAAAUUCAAGAACUAAAGGUUGUAAGCACCAAAACUCAGAGUGCUGAGGAAGCUAAAGAGAAGACUGAAACAAAGGAUUCAUCGGUUAAGAGUUUGGUGAAGGAAAUAGCAACUGCAAACGCUAACUAUGAAGUUAGCAACCAACAGGAUCAGAAGUCCGUAAUUGUUAAAGAUCAACAUGAGGACGUAAGAAAACCAGAUACAAGCAAA